AUGAAAAUGAAGUCUGCACUGUAUUUGUCUUUGGUGCUUGUUGGGCUUCAAGUCCAGGCUCUUCAUAUACCCAACCACAGUGAUGAACAGGAGGACCAAGACUCACCUCAUUCCCCUGCUGAAGGUGAAAACUUGUCUCACCUCAAGAUAGCCCCCAGCAAUGCUGACUUUGCAUUUAGAUUUUACAAGCAGGUCACAGAGGAGGAAAGUAACAAGAACGUUUUCUUCUCUCCUUUGAGCCUCUCCACUGCCUUUGCAAUGCUCUCCCUGGGCGCCAGAGCACACACGCUCAGUCAACUGCACAAAUGCCUCGCUUUCAACCUGACAGAGCUGGAGGAGCGGGAGAUCCAUGACAGCUUUCAGAGACUCCUCCAGCUACUGAAUGAUCCUCACCGAGAGGUCCAGCUGAGUAUGGGCAAUGCCCUGUUCAUAAAUAAUGAACUGAAACUGCGCCAAAAGUUUUUGGAAGAUGUCACAACUUUUUAUGGUUCUGAAGCUAUUUCUAGUGACUUCCAGAAUUCUGAAAAGGCUGUAAAUGAAAUCAAUAACUAUAUAAAAACAAAAACCCAUGGCAAAUUUGUUGACUUCCUGCAGAAUCUUAGUCCGGAUGCUUUGAUGAUUCUGAUUAACUAUGUUUACUUUAAAGGCUACUGGGAACAACCUUUCAAGAGUUUCCGCACCAGAGAUGAUGACUUCUUUGUUGAUGCCAAGAAUUCUGUUAAGGUCAAAAUGAUGUAUCAAAGCAAAGUCCAUAAUAUCCAUCGGGAUGAGAAAUUGUCUUGCUGGGUAGUAGAAAUCCCAUAUAAAGGAGAUGUUGCUGCCUUGUUUGUUCUGCCUGAUGAAGGGACAAUGAAGCAGGUGGAAGAUGCUCUGCUAAAAGACACAGUGUCUAAUUGGAGCCAAUCACUUGAAGAAAGACCAAUUGAACUUUACCUUCCAAAAUUCUCCAUCUCUGGCUCCUAUGAUGUCAAGAACCUAUUUAUAAAAAUGGGUGUGACAGAUGUGUUCAGUAACAAUGCUGACCUCUCUGGAGUGGCAGAAGGUGACCGCCUUAUGGUUUCCAAGGCAAUUCACAAGGCUGAGGUGGAUGUUAAUGAGAAUGGUACGGAGGCAGCUGCAGUGACCAUGAUAGAACUGUGUUUGACCACGCCACUUCCAGCCCUUCUCUUGAGCUGGCAUCAAUGGAUCAUCCGAAGAGCUCCUGGACCUCCUCUACCCAGGGUGCAGCACCCUUUCCACACUCUUCAUCUCCUGUCCCAGUAAUCCACCUGAACCACCUGGAACUGCUCCAAAGGUUUUUGGCUUCAAUAAAGUCAGAAGCUUUUCAGUGACUCAGAAGUUAUUUCUAGCAAUACCCAGAGCUCCUUGGUGGCUGACAAGUCAAACAGUGAAUUUUCUGUGAGUCCCUGGGAAAACUGCUGACUUAGCCAAUAUUAUCUACAGAGUCAAGGGGGUUUUCUUGCCAGCUAUAUUUCUUCAAAGAUGUGGCAGUACAGGCAAUGUGCGGAGGGAGACUUGUAGCAAAGGGGCACUAUCAGGUUUUCAGUUCUUUAAAACUGUAAUUAUUGCUAACUCUUGAUGCUUUCCAAAAAACUGCCUAGUCCUCAUUUCUUAAAUCUCUGAGCCUUUAGGCAAGUACAUCACUUUUACACCAAAAUUUUGCAUUCAUACAUGCCACUUUGAAGUCAAUUGGAGCUAUAGAU